AUGGAUCUUCGCGUCGACAUCGUCGAGACGAGCCUCUGUCUGGACGAUCGCAGGAGGCCACCAGGUAAGUUCUUCUUCAGAUAAGUGAAUUUGCUUUGUUUCUUCCUUUUGGCUGUUGAAGUUCCGAGCCGCGUGCUGCUCUUGCUGCCUGCCCACUAUAUGUUAGUCUGUCUAUUAAUAGCUAUAUGAAACUUUCGAUGCCUGCUGCGACUGUCUGUCUGUCAACCUAUGCCUCUCUCUGCUAAUAGCUGGACGUUACGGUGCUUGACACUUGAAUGGUGUCCUCUCACUUCUGUCUCUGACAGAUGACUGUGUCUGUUUGCCCACUCUAGCUAGCUGUAAGUCCCAUAGCGUUUGGUGGUGUGCAUGCUCUCUUCUACUUCACUCCAUCACAUCACCAUCACCAUAAAGGUCCCAGGCUAAUUCUGGUCGUUCUCUCACUAAUAAAAAGUCGUGGCCCAUAGUGGAGUCCGGCAGCCGUCUGGGAUAACCGGGCAGCCCUAUUCAGGGAUGCGUUGCCUGCCCCCGCGAGGGGGAGGGGGCUAGAAAAGGUGCCCUAAAGAUCGCUGGGAACCACGCUGUCUGUAGGCUGGCCGUGACCGCAGACAAAAAACACGGUUGAAACGGCAAAAACCGAAACAACAACAACAAUCACUCUCUUCCUCUUCCAGCCUAUUCUUCUUCUUCCCCUCCUCCUUUUCGCCGCCGCAGUCGCCAGACUGACAGGGUGAGCCCGCUCACUCUGGCAGCCUGGAAUGUUCGUUCCCUUUUAGACAAUCCGAGGAGCAACCGACCGGAACAGAGGACGGCGCUAGUGGCACGAGAACUGGCGCGCUACAACGUGGACAUCGCCGCACUCACUGAGACCCGACUCUCCGAACAAGGCCAACUGGAGGAGGUGGGUGCCGGCUACACCUUCUUCUGGAGUGGUCGACCCAGGGCAGAGUGACGGGACGCGGGCGUCGCCUUCGCCAUCCGGAACGACAUCGUGGGACGACUGCCCUGUCUGCUGCAGGACAUCAACGAUCGCCUGAUAAGCCUCCGUCUGCCUCUCCGAGGUGGGGGCAAAUUCGCCACCAUCAUCAGCGCCUAUGCUCCGCCGAUGACCAGCCCCGACGCCGUCAGAGACAAAUUCUACGAGGACCUGCACGCCCUCUUGGCGACUGUGUCGAAGGCGGACAAGUUGAUUGUCCUUGGUGACUUCAACGCACGCGUCGGCACAGACCACACUGCCUGGAGAGGAGUGCUGGGUCCCCACGGUCUCCGCGGCUCAAACGACAGUGGUCUGCUGCUGCUCCGCACCUGCGCAGAACACCGCCUCAUCCUGACAAACACGUUCUUCUGUCCGCCGGAGCGAGAGAGGGCCACCUGGAGACAUCCUCAGUCGCGUCAGUGGCACCUGCUGAACUAUGCCCUCGUCCGGAGGCGAGAUCAGCGGGACGUGCUGGUGACAAAGGCGAUCGCGUGCGCUGACGGGUGGACCGACCAUCGCCUCGUCAUCUCGAAGAUGCGUAUUCGCCUACAGCCUCGCAGGAGACCACAAGGUAAGCGACCCCCAGGUAAGUUGAAUGUUGCCUUGUUGUCUUUGCCCGCUCACCAUCUUCAUUUCAGCAAAGAGCCAGCUCAACGGCUAGACAACCUUCCAGUCGCUGCCGACGCCGACGACGCCGCCGCUGCCGAGAACGCCUCCGUGGAGAACCGCUGGUGUCAACUGCGAGACACGGUCCAGUCAACGGCACUCGUCGUCCUCGGUCGCGCUCCCCGCCAACACCAGGACUGGUUCGACGACAACGACGUCGCCAUCAGAAAUCUGCUUGUUGAGAAGAACCGCCUACACAAAGCCUACGAAGAUCACCCCACUGAUGCCACCAAAGCUGCCUUCUACCACAGUCGCCGCCAACUUCAGCAACGACUGCGCGAGCUGCAGGACGCCUGGACUGCUCGCAAAGCCGAGGAGAUCCAAGGGUAAGCGGACCCCAACGAAUGGAAGAACUUCUUCUCUGCGAUCAAAGCUGUCUGUGGUCCGCCUACGAAGGGCACUGCCCCUCUCCUCAGCGCCAACGGUAGCACUCUCCUGACUGAGAAGACACAAAUUCUACAGCGAUGGGCCGAGCAUUUCCGAGCCGUCCUCAACCGCCCCUCCGCCAUCUCUGACGCCACCAUCGAGCAUUUGCGGCAAGUGGAGGCCAACGUGGAUAUCGACCUCCAGCCAUCUUUCCAGGAGACCAUCAGGGCCGUGCAGCAGCUCUCCAGCGGGAAAGCACCUGGAUCGGACGCAAUCCCUGCUGCGGUCUACAAGCACGGACGUCCCCAACUGAUGGAUCACCUCACUGCGCUCUUCCAGGAGAUGUGGCGUAAAGGCGAAGCCCCGCAAGAUUUCAAGGACGCAACCAUCGUGCACCUAUACAAGCGAAAAGGGAAUCGCCAAAUCUGCGACAAUCACCGUAGCAUCUCCUUGCUGAACAUCACUGGGAAGAUCUUCGCUCGUAUCCUCCUCAACAGCCUGAACAAUCACCUCAGAACGGGGCCUUCUGUCGGAAAGCCAGUGCGACUUCCGCCGUCAUCGCGGGACCACAGAUAUGAUCUUCGCCGCCCGUCAGCUUCAGGAGAAGUGCCAAGAGAUGCGGACCCACCUGUACUCUACCUUCGUGGACCUGACGAAAGUCUUCGACACGGUGAAUCGGGAAGGACUGUGGAAGAUCAUGCAGAAAUUCGGUUGUCCGUAACGAUUCACUCAGAUGGUGCGUCAGCCGCACGAUGGUAUGAUGGCGCGAGUCACAGACAACGAAGCUGUCUCAGAGGCAUUCGCAGUGACCAACGGAGUGAAGCAGGGAUGCGUACUGGCGCCUGCCCUCUUCAGUCUUAUGUUCUCUGCCAUGAUGAUGGACGCCUACCGCGACGAACGCCCUGGAAUCCGCAUCGCCUACAGGACGGACGGUCACCUCCUGAAUCAACGGCGGAUGAACUUCCAAUCGCACGUAUCCACAACCACCGUUCACGAACUCCUCUUCGCCGACGACUGCGUCCUGAACACCACCUCCGAAGAGGAGAUGCAACGCCGCCUGCGAGAACUUCGGUCUGGUCAUUAACACGCAGAAGACGGUGGUGAUACACCAACCGCCACCCCACUCAGCCACAGCCCCCAACGCGCCGCCGCAAAUCAGCGUGAAUGGGACCCUACUGCAAGUGGUGGAGAACUUCCCGUACCUGGGCAGUACUCUCUCCCGCACCACCAAGAUUGAUGACGAAGUCGCCAACAGGAUCUCGAAAGCCAGUCAAGCCUUCGGUCGCCUCCAAAGCACAGUUUGAAAUCGUCAUGGUCUCCAACUGAGCACGAUGCUGAAGAUGUACAAGGCCGUCAUCCUGCCGACGCUACUGUAUGGAGCGGAGACUUGGACGGUGUACGCAAAGCAGGCACGUCGUCUGAACCACUUCCACCUCAGCUGUCUUCGUCGCAUCCUGAGGCUGAAGUGGCAGGAUGGAAUCCCCGACACUGAUGUACCGGAACGGACGGGAAUCGUCAGCAUCUACGCCAUACUGAGGCAAAUGCAGCUGCGUUAAUGUGGCCACCUCGUGCGCAUAGACGACAAGCGGCUACCCAAACGACUCUUCUACGGAGACGUCGCGACGGGCUCUCGCCGCCAAGGAGGCCAAAUUCGUCGAUACAAGGACAUUCUGAAGUCCUCCCUGAAGCGCCUGCAAAUCAGCCCGACCAACUGGGAAGAGCUCGCACUCGAUCGACCGACCUGGAGCAGGACGGUGAAGACAGGUGCUGCGAUCUACGAAACCAACCACAUCUCCGCCAAAGUCAAACACGAAGCCCGCAAAUCACAACUUCGCCCAGUCCGCAACGCCGACGCACAACCGCUACCUACGUGUCCUCGAUGUCAACGGACAUUCCGGGCUCGAAUUGGACUUGUCGGACAUCUUCGGAUCAAUUGCGCCUCUCGACCCACAUCAACCGUCGUCCUUCCGCCCGCCUCUUCCUCCUCCUCUCCGCCGCCAACUAUCUCUGACAAUUCUACUGAACUACCACUUCCAUCCUCCUACUCCUCCUCCACUGCUCCACCGGCGGCCGCUCAGGCGACUCUCAAUUGCGCAACAACCGACAGCACCACCACCUCUCCCGAUUCCAGUAAUGAGGAUCAGGACUACACUUGCCCUCACUGCGACCGCACCUUCACCUCUCACAUCGGCCUGGCCGGUCACUUGCGAACCCAUCGCACAGAGACUGGCGAACCAGUGCCUGGAGCACCAACCUACACCCACCGCACUCGCCUUCACUGCCCACACUGCCCUCGCACAUUCAGGCAUCGCAUGGGCCUAUUCGGCCACAUGCGCAUCCACGAGAGCGGAAUUGACCGCAACUCCGACACACCCACGACACCCAGCACAUCCACCACGCCCAGUCCCACCCUCGCUCCAUUGCCCUGCGCGCCCAUCACCACCACCACCAUCACCGACUCUUCCGUAGCUGAAACUGACGCCGCCGACAUCACAUGCCCACACUGUUCACGCACAUUCACCUCACGCAUCGGCCUGCUUGGUCGCUUGCGAAUCCAUCGCACAGAGACUGGCGAACCAGUACCUGGAGCACCAACUUAUGCCGACCACACUCGACUCAUCUGCACACAAAGUCAUCGCACCUUCAGGCAUCGCAUGGGCCUAUUCAGUCACAUGCGCAUCCACGACGACCUGCGGUAG